GGGCGGGCCCGCCUCUAUAUAAGGGCGGCGCAGGGGGCGGCGCGCCAGUUGCUUCAGUGUCCUGGUGCGGAGCGUCACGUCUCGUGCGUGCCCAUUCAGCCACGAUGCCUGAGGAAACCCAGACCCAAGACCAGCCAAUGGAGGAGGAGGAGGUCGAGACCUUUGCCUUUCAGGCAGAAAUUGCCCAGUUAAUGUCCUUGAUCAUCAAUACCUUUUACUCGAACAAAGAGAUCUUUCUGAGGGAGCUCAUCUCCAAUUCCUCGGACGUGAGUAUACUACUUGGAGACAUGGACGUGGCUUUCCAUGAAAAUCUCACCUUGGGGUGUGAACCAAUGGGUCGUGGAACAAAGGUUAUCUUGCACCUGAAAGAAGACCAAACUGAGUAUUUGGAGGAAAGGAGAGUAAAGGAGAUUGUGAAGAAGCAUUCUCAGUUUAUUGGCUAUCCCAUUACUCUGUUUGUGGAGAAGGAACGAGAUAAGGAAGUCAGUGAUGAUGAGGCUGAAGAAAAGGAAGAGAAAGAGGAAGAGAAAGAAAAAGAGGAAAAGGAGUCUGAUGACAAACCUGAAAUAGAAGAUGUUGGUUCUGAUGAAGAAGAAGAAGAGAAGAAGGAUGGUGACAAGAAGAAAAAGAAGAAAAUAAAGGAAAAGUACAUUGAUCAAGAAGAACUAAACAAAACAAAGCCAAUUUGGACCAGAAAUCCUGAUGACAUUACUAAUGAAGAAUAUGGAGAGUUCUACAAGAGCUUAACCAACGAUUGGGAAGAACAUUUGGCAGUAAAGCAUUUUUCUGUUGAAGGGCAAUUAGAAUUCCGGGCCCUUCUUUUUGUCCCAAGACGCGCUCCUUUUGAUCUGUUUGAAAACAGAAAGAAAAAGAACAACAUCAAGUUGUAUGUUCGCAGAGUUUUUAUCAUGGAUAACUGUGAGGAAUUAAUCCCUGAGUAUCUGAAUUUCAUCCGAGGGGUAGUGGAUUCUGAGGACCUCCCUCUAAAUAUUUCCCGUGAAAUGCUGCAACAAAGCAAAAUUCUGAAAGUUAUCAGAAAGAAUUUGGUCAAGAAAUGCUUAGAACUAUUUACUGAACUAGCAGAAGAUAAAGAGAACUACAAAAAGUUUUAUGAGCAGUUCUCAAAAAAUAUAAAGCUUGGAAUUCAUGAAGACUCUCAGAAUCGGAAGAAGCUUUCAGAGCUGUUGCGGUACUACACAUCUGCUUCUGGGGAUGAGAUGGUUUCUCUGAAGGACUACUGCACCAGAAUGAAGGAAAACCAGAAGCACAUCUAUUUUAUCACAGGUGAAACCAAGGACCAGGUUGCUAACUCAGCCUUUGUGGAACGUCUCCGAAAGCAUGGCUUAGAAGUAAUUUAUAUGAUUGAACCCAUUGAUGAGUAUUGUGUGCAACAGCUGAAGGAAUUUGAGGGCAAGACCUUGGUGUCUGUUACCAAAGAAGGACUGGAACUUCCAGAAGAUGAAGAGGAAAAGAAGAAACAGGAAGAGAAAAAGACAAAAUUUGAGAACCUCUGCAAAAUUAUGAAAGAUAUUUUGGAGAAGAAGGUUGAAAAGGUGGUUGUGUCAAACCGAUUGGUGACAUCCCCGUGCUGUAUUGUCACAAGCACGUAUGGGUGGACAGCAAACAUGGAGAGAAUCAUGAAAGCUCAAGCCCUCAGAGACAACUCAACAAUGGGUUACAUGGCAGCAAAGAAACAUCUGGAGAUAAAUCCUGAUCACUCCAUUAUUGAAACCUUAAGACAAAAGGCAGAGGCUGACAAGAAUGACAAAUCUGUGAAGGAUCUGGUCAUCUUGCUGUAUGAAACUGCACUCCUGUCUUCUGGCUUCAGUCUGGAAGAUCCCCAGACCCAUGCUAACAGGAUCUACAGAAUGAUCAAGCUUGGUCUAGGUAUUGAUGAGGAUGAUCCUACUGUGGAUGAUACCAGUGCUGCUGUAACUGAAGAAAUGCCUCCCCUGGAAGGAGAUGACGACACAUCACGCAUGGAAGAAGUAGACUAAGCUUCACCAGAACUAUGUGUUUGCUCACCUUCGUUCCUUCUGAUGAUAUAUUUUCCAUGGUUUUUGUUUAUUUUUGUUAACAUUUAAAACAUCUGUGUGGCAUGAAAACUAAGGGGAAGAUAAAAUUUCUACAUGUGAUACUGUGAUACUAUAGGUUUAACUCAAGAGGUUGAUAGAACGUUUGUUGUAAGACGUAAUGUAACCUACUGUUAAUGUUAACUUUG